GCCCGCAUCAACGCCCUGUCUCUGGUCUACCUUUUGUUCCUGUUGCUGCUGCCUUGGUUCCAGGGCCCCACCCUUCAAAGCAUCCGAGGUCACACUGGCCGCCUCCUUCGAGCCCUGCUGUGCACCAGCCUCCUCUUCCUGACUGCUCACCUGGUCUUCCAGAUCUGCCUGCACACGGUGCCCCGCCUGGACCAGCUACUGGGCCCCAGCUGCAGCCCCUGGGAGACCCUGUCCCAGCACAUUGGGGUCACGAGGCUGGACCUGAAGGACAUCCCCAACUCUGUGCGGCUGGUGGCCCCCGACUUGGGCAUCUUGGUGGUCUCCUCUGUGUGUCUUGGCCUCUGUGGGCGUCUCUCCAGGAAAGCCCAGAGGACCCAACACUCCCAGGAGCUGGACAAUGACAAUGAUGAGAGGGAAGUGGACCCCGGCUCCCUGGUGGGUUCUCGGGGCACCCCUGUGCUGGCGCACCAGAAGAGGUCGAGGCUGGCGGCCCGCUUCCGGAUCACAGCCCACUGGUUGCUGGUGGCCGCAGCACGGGCCCUGGCCAUUGUACUGCUGGCAUUGGCAGGCAUCGCCCACCCCUCAGUCCUCUCCAGCGUCUACCUGCUGGUCUUCCUGGCCUUGUGUACCUGGUGGGCCUGCCACUUCCCCAUCAGUGCCCGGGGCUUCAACGUCGUCUGCGUGCUGGUGGGCUGCUUUGGUGCUGGCCACCUCCUCUGCCUCUACUGUUACCAGACACCUUAUGCCCAAAAGCUGCUCCCGUCCUCUGGCAUCUGGGCCCGGGUGCUUGGUCUCAAGGACAUGGUACAGCCCACCAACUGCUCCAGCCCCAACGUGCUGCAGCUGAACACCGGUCACGACUGGCCAGUCUACGUCAGCCCGGGGCUCCUGCUGUUACUCUACGGCACUGUGACCUCGCUGCUCAAGCUGCGGGGGCCCCCGCGCCCCACCCAGAGGAAAGAGACAGCCGUCCACAAUGAGGACUGGGAGGUGGAACUCACUGAGGUGGACCAGCGUUGCCCACUUCCUCAUGCUCGUGCGUCUCUCCAGCAUAUGAUGCCCCCCACUCCUGACAUGGAUGCUGACAACUGCAUUGUACACGACCUGACAACCCAGAGCCCUGUGCAGCCUCAGCGACCGGAGCGUCGCAGAUUGGCCGAGCGCAGGGAGCUGUCCCCUUUGCAUGGCCUGGGUCAUCUCGUCAUGGAUCAGAGCUACGUGUGCGCUCUCAUCGCCAUGAUGGUGUGGAGCAUCACCUACCACAGCUGGCUGACCUUUGUGCUGCUGCUCUGGGCUUGCCUCAUCUGGACAGUGCGCAGCCGUCACCAGCUGGCCAUGCUCUGCUCUCCCUUCCUGCUGCUCUACGGGCUGACACUCUGUGGCCUACGCUAUGUGUGGGCCAUGGACCUGCGGCCUGAGCUGCCCACCAUGCUGGGCCCCGUCAGCCUACACCAGCUGGGCCUACAGCAUACGCGAUACCCCUGCCUGGACCUCGGUGCUAUGCUGCUCUACACCCUGACCUUCUGGCUCCUGCUACGCCAGUUCGUCCAGGAGAAGUUGCUACGGGAGGCAGCACCCCUGGCCGCACUGAGGGAGGUCACCGUGGGAGAGUCAGGGUCCACACAGACGCAGACGCUGCUCCACCGCCUGGGGGAACUGGUCUCAGGCGUGUAUGCCAAGUACUGGAUCUAUGUAUGCGCCGGCAUGUUCAUCGUGGUCAGCUUCGCCGGCCGCCUCGUGGUCUACAAGAUUGUCUACAUGUUUCUUUUCCUGCUCUGCCUCACCCUCUUCCAGGUCUACUACAGUCUGUGGCGGAAGCUGCUCAAGGUGUUCUGGUGGCUGGUGGUGGCCUACACCAUGCUGGUGCUCAUCGCGGUCUACACCUUCCAGUUCCAGGAUUUCCCCGCCUACUGGCGCAACCUGACCGGCUUCACAGACGAGCAGCUGGGAGACCUGGGCCUGGAGCAGUUCAGCGUGUCCGAGCUCUUCUCCAGCAUCCUCAUCCCCGGCUUCUUCCUGCUCGCCUGUAUCCUGCAGCUGCAUUACUUCCACCGGCCCUUCAUGCAGCUCACUGACCUGGAGCACGUGCCCGCCCCGGGGGCCCGCCCUUCGCCCUGGGCCCAAAGGCAGGACGUGGUGAGCAGUGCGCCGCUGCUGCCGCAUCAGGAAGAGGUGACAGCCCCCAGGGAUGAGGAGCUGAGCACGGCCGGCCCCCACCAGGCCAAACAAGGUCCCGAAGGCCCAGCUCACCUCCCUCCCCGCCCCGCAGCCAACAAGUGGGGCCUGGUAGCAGAGCGGCUACUGGAACUGGUUGCCCGCUUCUCGGCCGUGCGGGCCUGUGUGCAGGUGUUUGUGCGGCGCCUGCUGGAACUGCACAUCUUCAAGCUGGUGGCCCUCUACACCGUGUGGGUGGCCCUGAAGGAGGUGUCAGUGAUGAACUUCCUGCUGGUGGUACUGUGGGCCUUCGCCCUGCCCUACCCCCGUUUCCGGCCCAUGGCCUCCUGCCUGUCCACCAUCUGGACGUGCGUCAUCAUCGUCUGCAAGAUGCUGUACCAGCUGACUGUCGUCAACCCGCACGAGUAUUCCAACAACUGUACACAGCCCCUCCUCAAUAGCACCAACUUGCUGAAGACGGAGAUCAACCAGUCUUUGCUGUACCGAGGUCCCGUAGACCCUGCCAACUGGUUCGGCGUGCGAAAGGGCUUCCCCAACCUGGGCUACAUCCAGAAUCACCUGCAGGUCCUCCUCCUGCUGGUUUUUGAGUCUGUUGUGUACCGGCGCCAAGACCACUACCGACGCCAGUACCAGUCGGCACCGCUGCCUGCCCGGGCUGUCUGUGCCGAUGGCACCCGCCGGCGUCUGGACAACGACCUGCUCAGCUGCCUCAAAUACUUCGUCAACUUCUUCUUCUACAAGUUUGGACUGGAGAUCUGCCUGCUGAUGGCAGUGAACGUUAUUGGGCAACGCAUGAACUUCAUGGUCAUCUUUCACGGCUGCUGGCUGGUGGCUAUCCUCACUCGCCGCCACCGACAAGCCAUUGCCCUGCUCUGGCCCAACUACUGCCUCUUCCUCACACUCUUCCUUCUCUAUCAGUACCUGCUGUGUCUGGGUAUCCCACCCGCUCUGUGCCUAGACUACCCAUGGCGCUGGAGCCGGGCCAUCCCCAUGAACUCUGCGCUCAUCAAGUGGUUAUACCUGCCUGACUUCUUCAGGGCUCCCAAUUCCACCAACCUCAUCAAUGAUGCCUUCUUGCUGCUCUGCGCUUCCCAGCAGUGGCAGGUGUUUAUAGCCGAACGCACCGAUGAGUGGCGGAACAUGGCGGGGCCCAACACUGACUACCUGGAGCCGCUGCAAGGAGAGCCCAAUCCUGUGCCCAACUUCAUCCACUGCAGGUCUUACCUGGACUUGGCGAAGGUGGCUGUCUUCCGCUACCUCUUCUGGUUGGUGCUGGUGGUGGUCUUCAUCACGGGGGCCACUCGCAUCAGCAUCUUCGGCCUGGGCUACCUGCUGGCCUGCUUCUACCUGCUGCUCUUCGGCACUGCCCUGCUGCAGAAGGACACGCAGGACCGUCUCGUGCUAUGGGACUGUCUCAUUCUCUACAACGUCACUGUCAUCAUCUCCAAGAACAUGCUCUCGCUCCUGUCCUGUGUCUUCGUGGAGCAAAUGCAGAGCAGUUUCUGCUGGGUCAUCCAGCUCUUCAGCCUCGUGUGCACCGUCAAGGGCUACUACAACCCCAAAGCCAUGGCCAGCCGGGACCAGGACUGUGUACUGCCCGUGGAAGAGGCCGGGGUCAUCUGGGACGGCAUCUGCUUCUUCUUUCUGCUGCUUCAGCGCCGCAUCUUCCUCAGCUACUACUUCCUGCACGUGGCUGCUGACCUCCAGGCCACUGCCCUGCAGGCCUCCAGGGGCUUUGCACUGUACAAUGCAGCCAGCCUCAAGAGCAUCAGCGCCCACCGCGCAGCUGAGGAGAAAUCCUUGGCCCAGCUGAAGAGACAGAUGGAGCGCAUCCGAGCCAAGCAAGAGAAGCAUCGGCAGAGCCGGACAGGACAGGAGCCCUCAGAGGACCCUGGGGACACAGGUCAGUACCCAGGACCCAGCGGUCCAGGGGGCGCCUCCCCGCCACGGAGAGAGUGGUGGCGGCCCUGGCUGGACCAUGCCACAGUCAUCCAUUCCGGGGACUACUUCCUGUUCGACUCCGACAGCGAGGAGGAAGAGGAGACGCAGCCUGAGGAAGCCCGGCCUUCGACACAGAGCGCCUUCCAGAUGGCGUACCAGGCGUGGGUGACCAAUGCCCAGAUGGUCCUUCGGCAGCGGCGACAAGAGCAGGCACAGGCAGAACAGGCAUCCGUGGGAGGAGACCCCCGCCAGGAGGUGGAGCCGACAGAGGGUCUGGAAGACCAGGUGGCAGGCCGCAGCCACGUGAUGCAGCGAGUAGUGAGCACGGCGCAGUUCCUCUGGGUGCUAGGUCAGGCACUGGUGGAUGGGUUGACGCGCUGGCUGCAGGCCUUCACGCACUACCACCGCACCAUGAGUGACGUGCUGCGUGCCGAGCGUUACCUCUUCACGCAGGAGCUGCUGCAGGGUAGAAAGGUGCGCUGGAGUGUCCUGAAUCAGCUAUAUGCCAGCAAGGACGAGGGUGACCUGCCGGGCUCCGAGGAUGGCCCUGAGGUCCCCAGCACAGCGUCAAGUGGGUUCGGGGCUGAGGAACCGCUGAGCAGCACCCCCGAGGACACCAGCAGCCCCCUUACCACGGGCUACAACACCCGCAGCAACAGCCAAGAGGCCGUGGCUGACCCCACAGGCCCCGGGGAUCUCUCGGCCAGAGCAUACAACCUGACACAUACAGCCAGCGAGCUGCUGCAGAAGAGGUGUCUGCACAUCCCUGAGCUGGAGGAGGCUGAGCAGUUUGCAGCCAGCCGGGGUCGGGCGCUGCGGCUGCUCCUGGCCGGGUACCAGUGCGUGGCCGCCCACUCGGAGCUACUCUGCUACUUCAUCAUCGUACUCAACCACAUGGUCACCGCCUCGGCCACCUCCCUGGUGCUGCCUGUGCUGGUCUUCCUGUGGGCCAUGCUGUCCAUCCCCAGGCCCAGCAAGCGCUUCUGGAUGACCGCCAUCAUCUUCACCGAGGUCAUGGUGGUCACCAAGUACCUGUUCCAGUUUGGCUUCUUCCCCUGGAACAGCUAUGCGGUGCUGCGGCGUCACGAGAACAAGCCCUACUUCCCCCCACGCAUCCUGGGCCUGGAGAAGUCCGAUGACUACCUCAAGUACGACCUGCUCCAGCUCAUGGCGCUGUUCUUCCACCGGUCCCAGCUGCUGUGCUAUGGCCUCUGGGACCAUGAGGAGGGUCCACUCUCCAAGGAGCCUGACCACAGUGGUGAGAAGGAGGUCAGGGAGGAGUCGGAAGUCCUGCUCGAGCCGGGGAUAGCCGGGACCCCACUCGAGGACGACGGUGAGGUUGAAGUCAGAGUGGAGUCUGAGGCCCUAGAGCCUGAAGUGGUAGCCAAGGGCCGUCACUCGAGGCGUCUCCACCUGCGUUUCAGGAAGAGGAAGGAGAGACCAGCAGCUGGUGGUACUGUCAUCCUAACCAACCAUACCCGGGGUCCACUGUCCUUACCACGCACCCCUGCCCCCAGUCCUGUCUCUGGGAGGUUCAUCACGGGGUCUGGGGUGAGUCUGGCCCAGCCAUGGGGCUCUGUCAGCGGCAGCUUCCUCCCCACAGAAGCUGGGGAAGAGGAGGACUUGGAGGAGGCCGCAGCCACCGGGAGAGCCAAGAGGCCGAGCCCCUCCCGGGAGAGGGUGAAGAAAGCUGGGCUGCGGGUUCAGACCUUCUGCCUGUCCCUGGCCCAGAGCCUGUUCCAGCCACUGCGGCAGUUCUACCAUGACAUCCUGCACACCAAGUACCGCGCGGCCACUGACGUCUACGCACUCAUGUUCCUGGCGGACGUUGUUGACUUCAUCAUCAUCAUCUUCGGCUUCUGGGCCUUUGGGAAGCACUCAGCGGCCACAGACAUCACGUCCUCACUGUCAGACGACCAGGUGCCAGAGGCCUUCUUGGUGAUGUUGUUGAUCCAGUUCAGCACCAUGGUGGUGGACCGCGCACUCUACCUGCGCAAGACUGUGCUGGGCAAGCUGGCCUUCCAGGUGGCACUGGUGCUGGCUGUCCACUUGUGGAUGUUCUUCAUCCUGCCCGCCGUCACCGAGAGGAUGUUCAGCCAGAAUGCAGUGGCUCAGCUGUGGUACUUCGUCAAGUGCAUCUACUUCGCACUGUCUGCCUACCAGAUCCGCUGCGGCUACCCCACCCGUAUCCUGGGCAACUUUCUCACCAAGAAGUACAACCACCUCAACCUCUUCCUCUUCCAAGGGUUCCGUCUAGUGCCAUUCCUGGUGGAGCUGCGGGCCGUGAUGGACUGGGUGUGGACGGAUACCACGCUGUCCUUGUCCAACUGGAUGUGCGUGGAGGACAUCUAUGCCAACAUCUUCAUCAUCAAGUGCAGCCGGGAGACUGAGAAGAAAUACCCGCAGCCCAAGGGGCAGAAGAAGAAGAGGGUCGUCAAGUACGGCAUGGGUGGUCUCAUCAUCCUCUUCCUCAUUGCCAUCAUCUGGUUCCCGCUGCUGUUCAUGUCCCUGGUGCGCUCAGUGGUCGGCGUGGUCAACCAACCCAUCGAUGUCACUGUCACCCUCAAGCUGGGUGGCUAUGAGCCCCUAUUCACCAUGAGUGCUCAGCAGCCGUGUAUAGUACCCUUCACGGCCCAGGCCUACGAGGAGCUGUCCAAGCAGUUUGACCCUCACCCACUGGCCAUGCAGUUCAUCAGUCAGUACAGCCCUGAGGACAUCGCCACGGCCCAGAUCGAGGGUAGCUCUGGGGCGCUGUGGCGCAUCAGCCCGCCGAGCCGCGCCCAGAUGAAGCGGGAGCUGUACAAUGGCACCUCGGACAUCACCCUGCGUCUCACCUGGAACUUUCAGAGGGAUGUGGCCAAGGGCGGUACCGUGGAGUACACCACGGAGAAGCACACCCUAGGCCUGGUUCCCAAUAGUACCGCCCGGCGGAUGCUGGCUAGCCUGCUCGAGGGCACCGAGGACCAGUCCGUGGUCAUCCCCAACCUGUUCCCCAAGUACAUCCGUGCCCCCAACGGGCCUGAGGCCAACCCGGUGAAGCAGCUACAGCCCAAAGAGGAGGAAGAUUACCUGAACGUUCGUAUCCAGCUGCGCCGGGAACGCAUGGGCGCGGGGGCUGACGGCUUCCUCGAGUGGUGGGUGGUGGAGCUGGAGGACUGCCGCACCGACUGCAAUCUGCUGCCCAUGGUCAUCUUCAGCGACAAGGUCAGCCCGCCCAGCCUGGGCUUCUUGGCGGGCUACGGGAUCAUGGGCCUCUAUGUGUCCAUCGUGCUGGUCAUCGGCAAGUUCGUACGGGGCUUCUUCAGCGAGAUCUCGCACUCCAUCAUGUUCGAGGAGCUGCCCUGCGUGGACCGCAUCCUGAAGCUCUGCCAGGACAUCUUCCUGGUGCGAGAGACGCAAGAGCUGGCUCUGGAAGAGGAGCUGUACGCCAAGCUCAUCUUCUUGUACCGCUCGCCAGAGACCAUGAUCAAGUGGACCCGCGACAAAGACUAG